CCUCUACAGUGCAGCAGGUGUCUGACCACCCACUAAGAGAGAGAGAGAGAGAUUCAGGAAGCCCCUCUCUUUCUCUGUCCUGCCUUCAUCCAUCCACCCCACUGCAUUCUGUGGACUUGUCUGAGUGAACAUAGACCUGGGACAAUCAUCUGGAACGAGAGAGAGAGGGGUAUAGAAAGAGGACUGUACACAGUGGGUGGACACCUGGAGACGUCUGAUGUCCAGGCAUAAGCUCAGAAACCAGAGUCAUGGUCAUUCUGCAGCAGGGGGACUAUGUGUGGUUGGACCUGAAGGCGGGACGGGAGUUUGUGGUCCCCAUCGGAGCCGUGGUCAAACUCUGUGACUCUGGACAGAUACAGGUUCUGGAUGAUGAGGGAAACGAGCAUUGGAUAUCCCCCCAGAAUGCAACCAACAUUAAGCCCAUGCACCCCACCUCCAUCCAUGGGGUGGAGGACAUGAUUCGUCUGGGAGACCUCAACGAGGCCGGCAUCCUCCGCAACCUGCUUAUACGAUAUACAGAACAUCUUAUAUAUACGUAUACAGGCUCUAUCCUGGUGGCAGUAAACCCCUACCAGGUGCUGCCCAUCUACACAGCUGACCAGAUCCGCCUGUACACCAAUAAGAAGAUAGGAGAGAUGCCUCCACACAUCUUUGCCAUCGCAGACAACUGUUACUUCAACAUGCAGAGGAACAACAGAGACCAGUGCUGUAUCAUCAGUGGUGAGUCUGGAGCAGGGAAGACAGAGAGCACUAAGCUGAUCCUGCAGUUCCUAGCAGCCAUCAGUGGACAACACUCCUGGAUAGAACAACAGGUCCUGGAGGCUAAUCCUAUACUGGAGGCGUUUGGCAAUGCUAAGACGAUCCGUAAUGAUAACUCUAGCCGCUUCGGGAAAUACAUCGACAUCCACUUCAACAAGAGAGGAGCCAUAGAGGGGGCCAAGAUAGAACAGUACCUGCUGGAGAAGUCACGAGUCUGCAGACAGGCUCGUGAUGAGAGGAACUACCAUAUUUUCUACUGUAUGUUGAAGGGCAUGCCUUCAGACCAGAAGAAGAAACUGGGACUAGGGAAAGCCACAGACUACAGCUACCUUACUAUAGGGAAGUGUACUGUGUGUGAUGGUCGUGAUGAUAUGAAGGAGUAUUCAAACAUCCAAUCAGCCAUGAAGGUGUUGAUGUUCUCUGACACUGAGAAUUGGAUGAUCUCCAAACUAUUGGCCUCUAUACUACACAUGGGGAACCUGCGUUAUGAAGCUCGUACCUAUGACAACCUGGAUGCCUGUGAGGUGGUCCGCAGCGUAGACCUGACUUCUGCUGCUACACUGCUGGAGGUGGACUGUAAAGACCUGAUGAACUGUCUGACCAGUAGGACUCUGAUCACUAGAGGAGAAACAGUCUCCACUCCCCUCAGUAUAGAGCAGGCACUGGACGUACGGGACGCCUUCGUCAAGGGGAUCUACGGUCGUCAGUUUGUGUGGAUCGUAGAGAAGAUCAAUGCAGCGAUCUACAAGCCUCCAUCCCACGAGCCCAAAGCCCUCAGACGCUCCAUAGGACUACUAGACAUCUUUGGCUUCGAAAACUUCACCAUCAACAGUUUUGAGCAGCUGUGCAUUAACUUUGCCAACGAGAACCUGCAGCAGUUCUUUGUGAGGCAUGUGUUCAAACUGGAGCAGGAGGAGUACAACCUGGAGCACAUUAACUGGCAACACAUCGAGUUCACAGACAACCAGGACGCCCUGGACAUGAUCGCUAUCAAACCCAUGAACAUCAUCAGCCUCAUAGAUGAGGAGAGCAAGUUCCCCAGGGGUACAGACACUACUAUGUUGAAUAAGUUGAACUCUCAACAUAAAUUGAACACCAACUACAUCCCUCCUAAGAACACUUAUGAGACUCAGUUUGGCAUCCAGCACUUUGCUGGGGUGGUCUACUAUGAGACACGAGGUUUCUUGGAGAAGAACAGAGACACUCUGCACGGUGACAUCAUUCAGCUGGUUCACUCCUCCAGGAACAAGUUCAUCAAGCAGAUCUUCCAGGCCGAUGUUGCCAUGGGGGCGGAGACCAGGAAGCGCUCUCCCACUCUGAGCAGUCAGUUCAAGCGUUCUCUGGAACUGCUGAUGAGGACUCUGAGUGUGUGUCAGCCCUUCUUCGUACGCUGCAUUAAACCCAAUGAGUACAAGAAACCCAUGCUGUUUGACAGGGAGCUGUGUGUUCGUCAGCUGAGGUAUUCAGGCAUGAUGGAGACCAUUCGUAUCCGCAGAGCUGGUUAUCCAAUCAGAUACACCUUUGUUGAGUUUGUGGACCGCUACAGAGUCCUCAUGCCAGGAGUCAAACCUGCCUACAAACAGGAGGACCUGAGGGGAACUUGUCAGCGUAUAGCGGAAGUUGUCCUUGGGAGAGAUGAUGAUUGGCAGAUGGGAAAGACCAAGAUCUUCCUCAAGGACCACCAUGACAUGCUGUUGGAGAUAGAGAGAGACAAGGCCAUCACGGACAAGGUCAUCCUCAUCCAGAAGGUUGUACGAGGCUUCAAGGACAGGUCCAACUUCCUGAAGAUGAGAAAGUCAGCCAUGAUGAUCCAGAAGACGUGGCGAGGAUAUCACUGUCGCAAGAACUAUGGAGCUAUGCGGGCAGGGUUUGCCAGACUCCAGGCGUUGUACCGCUCCAGGCGGCUGUAUGUAACGUACCACGUGGCCAGACAGAGAGUGAUGGGUCUGCAGGCCAGGUGUAGAGGCUGUCUGGUCCGAAGGGCCUUCAGACACCGCCUAUGGGCCGUCAUCACCAUCCAGGCUCACACACGGGGCAUGAUCGCACGACGCCUCUACAAGAGACUGAAGGGAGAGUAUCGGAGGAGGUUGGAGGCAGAGAAGCUGCGUCUGGCUGAGGAGGAGAAACUGAGGAACCAGAUGAGCGCUAAGAAGGCCAAGGUUGAAGCAGAGCGUAACCACCAGGAGAGACUGGCCCAGCUAGUGAAGGAGGAUGCGGAGAGAGAGAAGAGAGAAAGGGAGGAGGUGCGGAGGAAGAAGGAGAUGGUGGAGCAGAUGGAGAAAGCCAGACAUGAGCCGGUGAACGACUCUGACAUGGUGGAUAAGAUGUUUGGCUUCCUGGGGACAACAAACUCCUUCCCUGGCCAGGAGGGUGCGCCACCAGCUGGGUUUGAGGACUUGGAACGUGCCCAGAAGGAGCUUGAGGAGGAGGAUUUAGAUGAUGUUCUUCCUCUCCCUGAGGAUGAGGAAGAUGACCUGUCGGAGUAUAAAUUCGCCAAGUUCGCUGCCACCUAUUUCCAGGGCACCACAACACACACCUACGUCCGACGGCCACUUAAACAACCGCUGCUGUUCCAUGAAGACGAGGGCGACCAGCUGGCAGCAUUGGCGGUAUGGAUCACGGUGCUGAGGUUCAUGGGAGAUCUCCCAGAGCCCAAGUAUCAUACGGCCAUCACUGACGGCUCGGAGAAGAUCCCUGUGAUGACCAAGAUCUACGAGACGCUGGGCAAGAAAACCUACAAGAGAGAACUACAGGCCCUGCAGGGGGAGGGAGAGACCCCCCAUUCAGACAGCAACAAGAAGAACAGUGUCCGACACAAACUAGUGUCCCUCACCCUGAAGAAGAAGUCCAAGAUUACUGAGGAGGUGACCAAGCGCCUGAACGACGGAGAGAUUAGUCUCCAUGGCAACAGCAUGUUAGAGGACCGGCCCACCUCUAACCUGGAGAAACUCCACUUCAUCAUCGGCAACGGAAUACUACGACCUGCCCUGAGGGAUGAGAUCUACUGCCAGAUCUGUAAGCAGUUGAACCAGAAUCCUUCUAAGAGCAGUCACGCCCGCGGCUGGAUCCUCAUCUCUCUGUGUGUCGGCUGCUUCGCUCCCUCUGAGAAGUUUGUCAAGUACCUCCGUAACUACAUCCACGGUGGUCCUCCUGGCUACGCCCCCUACUGCGAGGAGAGACUCAGACGCACGUUUGUUAACGGCACCAGAACACAACCCCCGUCCUGGCUGGAGCUACAGGCCACUAAGUCUAAAAAGCCCAUCAUGUUGCCAGUAACCUUUAUGGAUGGGACCACUAAGACAUUGUUGACAGACUCAGCUACUACAGCCAUGGAGCUGUGUAACGCCCUGGCAGACAAGAUCAGCCUCAGAGACCGCUUUGGAUUCUCUCUCUAUAUCGCCCUGUUUGACAAGGUGUCCUCCCUAGGCAGUGGAAAGGACCAUGUGAUGGACGCAGUGUCCCAGUGUGAGCAGUAUGCCAAGGAGCAGGGUGCCCAGGAGAGAAACGCCCCCUGGAGACUGUUCUACAGGAAGGAGAUAUUCACCCCCUGGCACAACCCUGCAGACGACGCUGUGGCCACCAACCUCAUCUACCAACAGACUGUACGGGGGGUAAAGUUUGGAGAGUACCGCUGUGACAGGGAUGACCUAGCAGAGUUAGCCAGUCAGCAGUAUUAUGUGGACUAUGGUUCUGAGAUCCUGACAGAGCGUCUGUUGAGCCUGAUCCCAUCCUACAUCCCCGACCGAGAGGUCAGCUCCUCCCGGAGCGUGGAGAAAUGGGCCCACGUCAUCAUGGCUGCCCAUAAAAAGGGCAUCUACACCCAGCAGAGGUUUGACCCCCAGAAGGUGAAGGAGGAAGUGGUGGACUUCGCUCGCUACAAAUGGCCGCUCCUCUUCUCACGCUUUUAUGAGGCCUUCAAGCUCUCAGGUCCAAGUCUGCCUAAGAAUGAUGUCAUUGUGGCGGUGAACUGGACAGGGGUGUACUUUGUGGACGAACAGGAGCAGGUGCUGCUAGAACUCUCUUUCCCAGAGAUCACUGCAGUCUCCAGCAGCAGAGGUGGUAAACUGCAGGGGCAGAGCUUUACGUUGGCGACCAUAAAGGGCGAUGAGUUUACGUUCACGUCGACCAACUCUGAGGACAUCAGAGACCUUGUGGUAACGUUCCUAGAGGGCCUUAGGAACCGGUCCAAGUACGUGGUGGCUCUGCAGGACAACACCAAUUCUGGUGGGGAGGAGUCUACGUUCCUGUCGUUCCAAAAGGGAGACCUGAUUCUAUUGGACCAAGAGACAGGUCAGCAGGUCAUGACCUCAGGCUGGGCCCAUGGGGUCAAUGAACGGACCAAUCAAAAAGGAGAUUUCCCUGCUGAUGCCGUCUACGUCCUGCCCACUGUUACCAGACCUCAGGCUGACGUAGUGGCAUUGAUUACCAUGACACCAGACCAGAGACAGGAGACAGUGCGUUCAUCUCUGCUGGUUUUGCCGGAGACUGGAGAGGAGAGGGUUAAACCUUACACACUGGAAGAGUUCAGCUAUGACCACUUCAGACCUCCUCCCAAACACACUCUGAGCAGGGUGAUGAUCACUAAGAACAGAGGGAAGGCCUCAAUGUGGAGCUGCACCAGAGAGCCUAUCAAACAGCCCCUACUGAAGAAGGUCCUCAGCCACGAAGACCUGUCACAGGACGCCUGUAUGGUCUUCAUAGCUAUGAUGAAGUAUAUGGGGGACUACCCGUCUAAGCGGACACGUUCGGUUAACGAGCUGACAGACCAGAUCUUUGAAGGAGCUCUGAAGGCCGAACCUCUAAAAGAUGAGAUUUUCUGUCAGAUCCUCAAACAACUCACAGACAACCACGUCAAGUACAGUGAGGAGAAGGGCUGGGAGUUGCUGUGGCUGUGUACAGGUCUGCUCCCACCUAGCAACAUGCUGCUGCCUCAUGUCCAGCGUUUCCUUCAGUCCAGGAAACACCACCCUCUGGCUCAGGACUGUAUGACACGACUACAGAAGGCCCUACGGAAUGGCUCGAGGAAGUACCCUCCCCACCUAGUGGAGGUAGAGGCAAUCCAACAUAAGACCACCCAGAUCUUCCACAAAGUCUAUUUCCCUGACGAUACUGAUGAGGCAUUUGAGGUGGAGUCCAGCACCAAGGCUAAAGACUUCUGUUUGGCGAUCUCUGCUCGCCUGCUGCUCAAAUCACCCGAAGGAUUCAGCUUGUUCGUAAAGAUCUCCGACAAGGUGAUAAGUGUACCAGAGGGAGAUUUCUUCUUUGACUUUGUCAGACACCUCACAGACUGGAUCAAGAAGGCCCGGCCCUCUAAAGAUGGUAUCGUACCGUCUCUGACCUACCAGGUGUUCUUCAUGAAGAAGCUGUGGACCAACACUGUUCCUGGUAAAGACUCCUUCGCUGACUCCAUCUUCCACUACUACCAGGAACUGCCUAAGUAUCUCCGUGGUUACCAUAAGUGUAGUCGUGACGAGGUGUUCCAGCUGGGAGCGUUGAUCUACAGGGUGAAGUACGAAGAUGACAAGUCACACUUCCCCUCAAUACCCAAGAUACUCCGGGAGCUGGUGCCGCAGGACCUGAUUCGCCAGCUCUCCCCAGAUGACUGGAAACGGUCUGUAGUAGCUUAUUUCAAUAAGCAGGCUGGUAAGUCCAGGGAAGAGGCCAAACUCCACUUCCUGAAGAUCAUCUUCAAAUGGGCCACGUUCGGAUCCGCCUUCUUCGAAGUCAAGCAAACCACAGAGCCCAACUUCCCAGAGAUCCUCCUGAUUGCUAUCAACAAGCAUGGAGUCAGCCUUAUAGACCCAAAGACCAAGGACAUCCUGACCACCCACCCAUUCACUAAGAUCUCCAACUGGAGCAGCGGUAACACCUACUUCCACAUCACCAUCGGCAACCUGGUCAGGGGUAGCAAGCUGCUAUGUGAGACCUCACUGGGCUAUAAGAUGGAUGACCUCCUCACUUCUUACAUCAGUCAGAUGUUGACCACCAUGAGCAAACAGAGAACUGGGCGGGGACACAGCAAGUGAACUUCCUAUUGGCAGGAAGCUGCAGAGCUUAUUAGAAUACUGCGACCUGUUGGCCAGCCCUGCAGCUGGGGGCGGAGCUUCUCUAACCAGGUGUGGAGAAUGAGCCGCAGCCCAUCCUCUAGCACUGCCUCCAGCUAUGCCCAUAGCAACGACCUUAGCAACGUCUCUAGCAACAACCCUAGCAACGAUCCUGACGACGAGCCUUCCAGUGAGGAUGACUACCUCUAAGCCCCGCCCCUUUAUCUUCCCAGAGACACACACACACACACACACAUUUCGUUCAAACUGAAGAGUUGGCAGUCUGUUAACAAGGAGACACUUGUUAAUAACCAAUCAUUGGAUGGACAGACUGAAUGGAGAGCCAUGUGAUUGGGUACUUUAGCUAGACAAUUAAGUAGUUACUGAAAAGAAGAAUUAAGUUAUAACUUACUGAGUAAAAUAACCAUAUAAAGCUUUAAUACACAGACCUGGAAGAAAAGAGGUUUGCAUGCUCUUAUUGUAGCUGAAUAGGUUUUCACUGAACUGUCAAUACAUAGGUAUAUUUUUAGUUUUUUUUAAGCCUUAACUGUUUUUUAAUUUUUAUUUAAUGUGUCUUUUAAGCCAGUUGCCUCUGUUUCAGAAGCAGCAUGGUAGUCUAUGUGACAGACCGCUGCAGUUCUGGGCAGUCUGUGGUUUUUUAUAUUAUUCUUGUGUUUGUUUUGUGUCUCUUAUCAUCAGAGUAAAGCUCAUUUAUACAGAGCCUACACAAGUAUGCACCUCAAGCUUUGCAAAGUGGCAGUUCUGCGUACUUGAGUAGCAGAAAUAUGCAAACGGGCAGCCUCGGGAGUGGUGACUCAACACAAUGCAAGAUGUUAUUGUGUUGCCUACUUGCGUAUGGUAUAAUUAGGCUUUAGUUCAGAGGUCUGUCUGUCUGCUGUAAGCCUCGGGUGGACUGGCUGCCCUGGAGUUUUAACAUAGAGCAUUAGUGUUUGACCAGAAAGGAUCAUUAUCUGUAGUUUUUUUGCAGAUCUAUGUGCUGUAGCUCUAUGAGACGUGUUUAACUCAACAAUGGCCUUUGUCAUACUCACUAGAACUAGGGUUGCAAAGUUCCCUACAAUCCUUAGUUGAACCAGGUCUAAACCUGACUCAGCUGGAAAACACCUGAUCCAUGGAUGAUUCUGAGUUCUGUAUGAAGAGUUCUAUACCCUACGUCAAAAUGAUACCCUUUAUAGUGCCCAGGUCAAAAGUAGCGCACUAUAUAGGGAGUCAUUUGGGACGCAAACUAUAGUGGCUUGCGAAAGUAUUCACCCCCUUGGUAUUUUUCAUAUUUUGUUGCCUUACAACCUGGAAUUAAAAUAUAUAUUUUUUGGGGGGUUGCGUCAUUUGAUUUAUACAACAUGCUUACCACUUUGAAGAUGCAAAAUAGUUUUUGGUGAAACAGUCAAGAAACAAGACAAAAAAAAAGAACUUGAGCGUGCAUAACUAUUCACCUCCCCCAUAUUCAAUACUUUGUAGAGUCACCUUUUGCAGCAAUUACAACUGCAAGUCUCUUGGGGUAUGUCUCUAUAAGCUUUACACAUCUAGCCACUGGAAUGUUUGCCCAAAACUGCUCCAGCUCCUUCAGGUUGGAUGGGUUCUGCUGGUGUACAGCAAUCUUAAAGUCAUACCACAGAUACUCAAUUGGAUUGAGGUCUGGGCUUGACUAGGCCAUUCUAAGACAUUUAAAUGUUUCCCCUUAAACCACUCAAGUGUUGCUUUAGCAGAAUGGUUAGGGUCAUUGUCCUGCUGGACGGUGAACCUCCAUCCCAGUCUCAAAUCUCUGGAAGACUGAAACAGGUUUCCCUCAAGAAUUUCCCUGUAUUUAGCACCAUCCAUCAUUCCUUCAAUUCUGACCAGUUUUCCAGUCCCUGCUGAUGAAAAAGAUCCCCACAGCAUGAUGCUGCCACCACCAUACUUCACUGUGGGGAUGGUGUUCUUGGGAUGAUGAGAGGUGUUGGGUUUGCACCUCACAUAGCAUUUUCCUUGAUGGUCAAAAAGCUACAUUUUUGUCUCAUCUGACCAUCUGACCUUCUUCCAUAUAUUUAGGGAGUCUCCCACAUUUGCUUAUUUUUUUCGGGCCACUCUUCCAUAAUAAAGGCCAGCUUUGUGGAGUGUACGGCUUAAAGUGGUCCUAUGGACAGAUACUCCAAUCUCCGCUGUGGAACUUUGCAGCUCCUUCAGGGUUAUCUUUGGUCUCUUUGUUGCCUCUCAGAUUAAUGCCAUCUUUGACUGCUCUGUGCGUUUUGGUGGGUGGCCCUCUCUUGGCAGGUUUGUUGUGGUGUCAUAUUCUUAAAAAAUUUUAAUAAUGGAUUUAAUGAUGCUCCAUGGGAUGUUCAAAGUUUCGGAUAUUUUUUUAUAACCCAACCCUGAUCUGUACUUCUCCACAACUUGGUCCCUGACCUGUUUGGUAAGCUCCUUGCUCUUCAUAGUGCUGCUUGCUUGGUGGUGCCCCUUGCUUGGUGGUUCCCCUUGCUUGGUGGUGCCCCUUGCUUAGUGGUGUUGCAGACUCUGGGGCCUUUCAGAACAGGUGUAUAUAUACGGAGAUCAUGUUAAACUUAUAUUGCAUACAGGUGAACUUUAUCUAGCUAAUUAUGUGACUUCUGAAGGUAAUUGGUUGCACCAGAUCUUAUUUAGGGGCUUCAUAGCAAAGGGGGUGAAUACAUAUGCACAUACCACUUUUCCGUUAAAAAAAAAAAUACAUUUUUGAAGUUAUUUUUUUUAUUUCACUUCACCAAUUUGGACUAUUUUGUGUUUGUCUAUUACAUGAAAUCCAAAUAAAAAUCCAUUUAAAUUACAGGUUGUAAUGCAACAAAAUGGGAAAAACACCAAGGGGGUGAAUACUUUUGCAAGGUACUGUAUGUGUUAGUUGUGUGGUGUUCAGGCAGGAUGCUGAUGUUACUGUCUGUUUCUCCUGUUCUGCACAGAGGAGCAGAACUUCACUCCAGCCCUAACUAACCUGUCUGUCUGCUGUUGAAUUUGUUGGUUUUUGUUUAAGAUUUUUGGUACUUAUUUUAUAUUUACAUUGUGUAAAGUAUCUGUCCAUUUAGUGAAACUAUGGUUUGUAUGAGGAGUGAAUCUAUAGUCCUGAGGGGAUACAGUUUACACUAGCAACACAGAGUUCUGGGUGAAUUUCCACUAUAAAGCUCUACGUGUGGUUUACAACAAAUGGCACCCUAUUCCCUAUAUAGUGCACUACUUUUAACUAGAGCCCCAUGGUCCCUGGUAAAAAAAAAUAAUAAGGCUCUGGGCAAAAUACAUUUACUAUUUAGGGAAUAGGGUGCCAUUUAGGAUGCAAAGUGUCCCCGGUCUGUCUGGGUAAUAUUACUACAGCAUUACUACAGCAGCUGUGUUGCUCUACUGUUUGGACAGAAGACAUGAUGACGGUGGAGCUACGGACAGAGAUGGCGUUAGUAUAGUUUUCCUUGCCCCGCCUCUCCUCUGCACCCCCCAAUGAGGGCCAGGAUCAAAUCAGAAACCGUGCUUGACAUUUAAAGGGAAUUUCCAAUUGAGCAGACAUCUGCAGUAGUUACCUUAAAAUACGAUCUCCGUAAAUGAGGUAGCAUUGCCUUUAACAAUGUUGAUUAGAGCACUCAGAUUGAAUCCCAGCCGAGGUGUCUGUUUUUGUAAAAACAAUAAAGAUGAUUGGACGAGGA